AUGCCAAAAUCCAAAAGACAGAAGUCCGUGACCUUGAGCAAGGUCGCAAAAAAAACCAAAGAGCAGAAAGGUGCUCAAAUCACCGAUCUUCAAGCUCAUGUCGAAAAAUGGAAAUACUGCUGGCUUUUCGAAGUCGGUAGUAUGCGCAAUGCGCAUCUGCAAACCGUCCGCAAUCUGUGGAAGGACUCUGCUCGCAUAUUCUUCGGACGGGGGGCAGUGAUGGCAAAAGCAUUGGGGAAGACGGUAGAGGAGGAGCAUCGGCCAGGUUUGACGAAGCUGACAACACAAAUAAAAGGGCAAGUCGGUCUACUCUUCACCGACACAGAGCCCGCAGAAGUCAUCGAGUGGUUCAAAGACUUUCGGCAACCUGAAUUCGCACGGCAAGGCAACCGCGCGACGCGAACCAUCAUCAUUCCCGCUGGGCCUGUCAUGCAGCAUCAUUCAGACCCACCGGAGCCUUUCCCACAUAACGAGGAACCGCAGCUGCGAAGAUUGGGUCUGACGACAACGAUGAAAAAAGGGGUCCCGAUGCUAGACAACCCACACAAGUUAUGCGAGAAGGGCAAGACGCUCACGAGCGAACAAGCACAGCUUCUGAAGCUGAUCGGGGAGAAAAUGGUGGAGUUCAAGGUGGGCCUGAAAGCAAGGUGGGACUCUGCGACUGGGGAGGUUGUGCAGAUCGACGAUCCUGCUUUCAAUCUCGACGAAGGCGGGGACGAUGUUGUAGCGGAUGAGGAGGGCGAUGCUGAGAUGAGCGAGUAG